GCAGUGCAGAUGUGUCGCAGAUUUGAAAACUCCCUAUACAGAAGGAGAGGGCAAAUAUCAGGAAAUGAAACGAUAAAAAACAUUUGAAACAGAAACAAACCUGACGCUUCUGUAAAGAGGGGAGUAUUUGGGGCGGUGUGUUGCGUUCUGAAACGUGUCAGCCUGGAUUUUCAAUUUAAAGUACUUUGCAAAGGAACAGGACUAUCCAGGCAAACGGUGAAUAUUAACAUUGAACGCGUGUGUAUAGAGCAGAACAGUCAUGGAACUGUCAGCGAUAGGCGAACAAGUGUUUGCCGUAGAAUCGAUUACCAAGAAGAGAGUUAGAAAGGGGAAUGUGGAAUACUUACUGAAGUGGAAGGGAUGGCCUCCCAAAUACAGCACUUGGGAACCAGAGGAACACAUUCUGGACCCACGCCUGGUCCUGGCCUAUGAGGAGAAAGAGCAGAAGGACAGGGCCCUUGGCUAUCGGAAGAGAGGGCCCAAACCCAAGAGGCUCCUUCUGCAGAACAUCUACACCAUGGACCUCCGCAGCGCCCACAAGGCCUCAGAGAAGCCCCCAGCUCGCCUGCGCCUCUCCCUCACGCGCUCACUGGAUGGCGGGCCGGGGUCCUGCGGGGAGCAGGCCCGGGCGACGGGAGGAGGGUUGUAUCGACGGUUAGCUCGGCGCAAGAGCAAGCAGAGGGCGUCCAGAUUCCUGCGCCUCGCCCCUCCUCCACAACCCCCCAAACCCGCACAGGAUCCCCCAGACGAGGACUGGGUGGAGGUGGAGGUGGAGGUGGAGGAGGAAGAGGAGGAGGCCGGACAGGAAGAUGAAAGAGUUCCUGACAUGCACAGAGAUACUCGGACCGGCUCCAGCUCGAGCAGAGCGGGUGAUUGGAGCAUCUCAGAGGAGCCUGUGGAACUGACUGUGACUGAGAGGUCAGAGAGCUGGAGUCCCGUGAUUGGUCCAGGGGAGGUGACAGUGACUGACGUCACCAUAAACUCACUGACAGUGACUUUCAGAGAGGCCCUGGCGGCUAAAGGAUUUUUUCGGGGCUGGGGUCUGGAGUCCUGAUGAAGGGAAAGAGAGGAGAUGGGAGGGCACAUAGAGAGAGGGCAAGAGAGAGAUGGAGGAGGCUGGCUGACAUAGUCUUACCCUCUCACACGGUCUUGCAUACCUCCCAAUUUCAUCAGCUGCCCGUCAAUUCGUCAAUUCGCCGCCCUUUCCUCUGAUGUACAUGUCGUAGGUAUAUGACAAACCGGUCUUCUCCAUCUCGUCUCUUGGACAUCCUCUCCUUCUUGUGACUUCCGCCAAACUGAUGCACGCUUCGUACAGCAUGUACGCACGCACUUGCAUUCAGGUGUACAAUCAUAAUUGUACUUGUUACAUUGCCCUAGCACUCCUGCUCUGUGUGCGUGUGUGUUUACACUGGGAAUAAAAUUAAUGGUGAGCUGUAGGACGCAGCCAGCCUCAGAGCUUCAAACAUUACAGCUAAAAUCUAAUUCAAAACAGAUGUGGAACAAGUUGGAACAACAUUUCCAUAUUAGAUGGCUUUUAUUCUGCUGAGUACAGUGUUGUCUGUAUCCGACUAAUGCACAAGAAGAAUGUGCUAAUUUUAGAGUGUUAUCAAACAUUUCAUACAACUUUUUUAUUAUUAUUAUUAUUAUUCUGAUCAAUGGCCUUGUCAGACUUUUUUAAGUGCAGUGGGAACCCAGUUAGGCGUAAUAGAUACUGUAUCGCACUGUAUUUAUCUCAUGGCAUUUGUACGCAGCUCCAUGAUGGUAGGUUCAGCAUAUUUAUUGAGUAUUUAUUUAUUUAUUUCUCGUGUAUGGGUUCCGUCUCUAUGGCACGUGCAGGGUUAGCCUUUCCAGAGUUGAGCAGAAGCAGGGCCAGCGGACACGUGCUUCCCAGGCAGUGUUUUCCAUUCAGUCCAGGGCUGACUUGUGGAUACAGAGACGGACAAACGCCUUUUGUAUAACUGACAAGCCUUUUUCAGAAAUUACAUCAUGUUGGAUGCACUGUGCAGAGGCCUUGGCGUUGAUGCAAACACAGGUACAUUGCGAAUGUAGAAUGUAUAUCAGUGGAAUACUACAAAUUUGUAAAUUAUCUUUUGUCUACAGUUGUGAUCAUAAAACUUGUAUGAAGUAUAUUCAAAACUUGAAAGAGGGAGAUGGAAUAUUUUUUGGGAAAUCGGGUAUUUCCCUGCCCCCCCCCCCCCAAUUGGAAACCGUUAAUAGGAGAAGCUGUAGAAACGUUUUCAUCCCUGUUUGUCUGCAGUUUGUCAAGGCGAGCUGACAUUAGUUUCACGUUGUCUCUAUAUUCUAUACAAUCAUAAUACAUGGGUUUUGCCAUGUUAUUCUUGAAAAUUGGUAUUUCCCCCCCCGCCAAACAAAAAAAGACUCUGGUCUUCCCACCUCUCUGCUUUUUGGAGGGGUAAAAGGGGUGACACCCUGAACUGUCUUUGGGCUGAAAAUGAAGGAAUAGACUGAGCGUGAAGGGAAUUAGACCACGGACUGGCUCCGCUGUCUGUUUACACUUUAUAAAGGGGAAGAGAAAAACAUAUGGUGUCAUUUAUUUUUUAAACCGAAAUGAGUCUGCCAUUAUUUUUGUAUAAUCGACUGAAUGUAAUUAUUUAUUUUGCAAGAAACCUUUGUGCAAUGGUAAGAUGUUUUUUUUGUUUUUUUUUUACUGUGACGGCUCCGAUGCUGUUGUGGUGAGUAGACGUGUAGAGAUUAGCAUACAGUAAGUACACGGUUGCUUUGGCUGCAUUUUGUUCACUGUUGAGUAAAAAUGCGAACCGCACUUUACAAAUGAAAGAUUAAUUGUUGUAAAGGUCCUUUUACAUUUUCUCAGUCUUUGUAUGGGUAAGCAUACCUAUAUCAUUUUUAUUGUACUUUAAAUAAAUAGUUGGCCAAUAUUUUAUAUACUUUA